UAUGAAGUUGCACCCCAGCAAAAAUACGAGAAAACCCCCCGCAGAAACAAUGCAUACCUAAGCAAGGUGGAAAGAUGGGUAAGGAGAGUAACCGCGAAAGGUUUAGAGAAGGUGACGGUCGGUGAAAUAAUACUUCACAACGAAAUGGCGCGGGGAGCCCAUCCCCUUCAGGUCAUAGAUGAGGAUUCUCAGCUACAACUGUCGCGGAUUGGGGAGUACGCGAGCAGUGAAGUCAGUGAAGUCGCUACUGCGAUUGAUUUCCCCAGAUGUUUUUCUUAUGGAAACCAAACAAACUGAAGAGGAGAGUGAAGUAACACGUCUCGAACUGGACUAUAAGUAUGGCAAGAGCUUUUCCACAGAUAGGGCUAGAGGUGGGAGAGCCGGCGGAGUUAGUCUAUGGUGGCGAGAGGAAACUAAGAUUGAGGUUAUGACGCGGCCUCUCCACCAUAUUGAUGCAAAAGUGGUUGAUCAAAAUAACAAAGUUUGGUGAUUUACGGGCCUCUAUGGAUGGCCAGAAGAUGGUGAAAAAUAUAGAACAUGGGAGCUAAUGGCGACCCUUUCACACCAAUGGGAGGGGCCUUGGCUCUGCGGAGGUGAUUUUAAUGAGGUCCUUGAUAGCGACGAGAAGGAAGGAGGCAGGGCGGUAAACGUCGCGGCCAUGGCAGCUUUCAAAGAUUGUUUGUUGGUGACAGGGCUCCAGGAUCUGGGUUUCCAAGGACAUAAAUUCACAUGGGUUAACAAUAGAGCGACCGGUGGUUUAUCGAGGAACGCCUGGACCAUUUUCUGGCAUCACUAGAGUGGGGAGACUUAUACCCCAAGGUGAAGGAGCGACAUCUUGACAAAUUCAAGUUGGAUCAUCACCCAAUUGUUUGUGAUACAAAUGGCGAUGAAGAUGUUGUCCAAAAUGGGGAUGGAUGUUCCGGUUAGAGGCCCAUUGGACAAAACACACAGAAUGCCCUGCGGUGAUCGAGGAAGCCUGGAGGCAGGGAGGCCGAGGUGAUGCUCUAACCAAACUUGAUUUUGCAAGAAUGAAUUGGACAAGUGGAGCAGGGCUACUUUUCCCCAGUUUGGCAAACAGAAUGACCGCAUUAGGAGGGCGCUGCGUGCACUGGAUCGGGUGAGAAAGGUGUCGCAAGUGGUUGCACAAAUUAAGCAACAAGAAGCGGAACUGCUGGAGCUGGAAGGAAACGAAGAAUUAUAUUGGCAGCAGCGAUCGAGGAUGGAUUGGUUGCACUCGGGAGACAAGAAUACUAACUUCUUUCACAGGAAAGCAACAUCCCGAAGAAGGCGGAACACAAUCCGAAAAUUGAAGGACGGUGGCGGAGGCUGGUGUGUCGGCACUGACCAAGCAUUGCAAUAAUGCUCCAAUAAUGCUCUAGUACCUGCGAAAAAACAAGACAGUCAUUCCGUCAGCUCCUGGAGCCUUUCGUUUGCCCAUCUCCUUCAGCGCCCUCACAACUUCAUCUCGCUCACAUGGCCGAGUUAGCAUCACGUGUUGUUCUUCAGUGAUGGUUCUUUCGAUAGCAUCAAGGACUAGGGUAGUGGGUGGGACUUCCCCUGCAUGGAAACAACGAAGACCAUCCGCACCAUCCCACUCCGGGACCCGAGGGAACAAGAUAGGCUUGUGUGGAAAGGAAGCUCGUUAGGGAAUAUAGCGUGAAGGAAGCCUACCGGCUCUAGCUGGAGGAGUUCAAGACCAGGGAGAAUAUUACAAUGGUAGGCGAAACUCGGGUGUGGAAGCGAAUAUGGGGCAUGAAGAUUCCGCCAAAGGUCAAGCAUUUUCUCUGGCGAUUUGCCCGGGGUAUUUUACCAACUAGGGAUCACACGAGUGUGAAGAGCAAAAGUUGGAGUGAUGCUUGCCCUUUUUGUGAUAUAAGGGAGACUCAAGCACAUAGAUUUGGUGAGUGUGAAUGGUCGUCCAGAUUAUGGCGCGAAUCGGAGCUGGCGGACUGCUUUCUGUGCUGCAAAUCAGAAUGCUGCUAUGAAUGGCUGAAGACGGUUAUGGAAACAAAGACCGAGCGGGAGCUGGAAGACUGGGUGGUACUCCUCUAGUUUCUACGGAAGGAACACAACGGCCAUCUUUUCAAUGGAUUUAGAUUGGCUGAGCACGAGAUUGUCCCUCGAGCAAAGCUGUGGAUUGCUAAUUACAGGGAGCACCAAGACCGCGAAGGGGACAAGGAAGAAAGUAUCCACCUAACGAGAGCACGAGAUUGUCCCUCGAGCAAAGCUGUGGAUUGCUAAUUACAGGGAGCACCAAGACCGCGAAGGGGACAAGGAAGAAAGUAUCCACCUAACGAAAUGACAAAAACCCCAGGAAGGAUUACCGAAGGUGAAUACGGAUGCUGUAGUUUUGCCAGCGAGAGGCAUUGGACUGGGCGUUGUGAUACGUAAUGCCGAGGGACAGUGUAUGAUGGCGGGAGCUAAGAAAUUCUGGGGAACUGUGAGUAUGAUAUGGCUGAAGCAUUAGCGGCGGAGUUUGGUUUGCAGCUAGCCUAUGAGUCCCACAUGACGAGCAUGAUUCUGGAAACAGACUGUUUAUCGCUUACCCAUAAGCUGGAGGAGGCGGACACCAUCCACACUGAGAUUGGUGUUAUAUGUCGUAAUAUAUUGAGACUACUUCGGGAGAUGGGAGAAGGAUCAUGGCGGUAUGUCCCUAGAGAAAGUAACAAGGCUGCUCACAUUAUGGCUCGCAUAGAGACUCGAUGGAAUAAGAGGGAAGUUUGGUA